AUGCGGUAUCUCGCCUUCUUGUGGUUUCUUCCACAAUGUUUCUCACUGAAUAUUCUGCUCUUCUUACUGGGCACGAAUCAGUAUGAAAGGAACAUUUUCGAGUUUCUCGCCCAACAACUUGCUCUCCGACAUCAUCAGGUGACCACUGUCAAGCCGAUUUUGAUUCCUGAAGAGCCUCGACUUGUCAAACCCAAACUCCACCUGGUGAAGGAGAAAACAUUGAAGAAUUUGCUGCCGAGAGAACUGUCAGAUGCUUUACAAAAAGCCUAUGACGCCACUCCAUGGAAGAAUGAGUAUGAGGAAGAAGGUUACGACGAAGUAUACUGGAAAGCUCACAAUGCGAGUUGUUACAAGAUGUUGAACUCCAAUUUGAUGGACACCAUUCGAAAGGAGACCAUUGACGUUGCAAUAGUUUACGCUGGGAACCCCUGUCAGCUUGCGAUCACUCAUGUAUUGGCCAUUCCGGUCAUCUAUUUCGACUUGGAAGGUCUGUCCGAUGAAACAUUGGUGGCAUCUAACUCUCCGCUUAAUCUGAACAUCCCUCCGUCAAGAUGUUUCCUGCCUGAGAAAUUAGCAUUCCCGAUAAGCUUUGAGAUGAGAUCUUACUCUUAUGGAAUACCUCUUUUGGCAAAGCUAAUUUCGAAAAAAUUCCGGCAACUGGAUGAUCCCAUUACGUCAAUGUUCGCUGAUGACUACUACCUAAAGAAAAAGUUUCCAAACUUCCCCAGCUCAAAUGAACUUUUACGUUCAAGCUCACUAUUUUUUGCUAACACUGAUCCUCUAUUGGAAUUCCCACGAGCACUUUCUCCAAAGAUUAUUCCCGUUGGUGGACUUCAUGUGGACCAGCCCAAACCUUUAUUUGCGCCAUGGAAUACAUCAAUUGAAUCGGCUCAGGAUGGUCUGAUUGUUGUCAGCCUUGGCACACAGGCUAAUCACGCUUAUAUGACAGAAUCGCAGGCAAAAGCUAUCUUGGGAGCACUGUCGAAACUCACCACCUACCGCAUUUAUUGGCGAAUUGGACACAAAGUCGAACUGAAAAAUGUAACGGAGGGCAAUGUACCGUCUCACAUCAAUCUAACAGCCUUUAUCCCUCAAAACGAUCUGCUGGCUCACAAAUCCUGUAAACUGUUAGUGACAAAUGGUGGAAUGUCAUCAGUUAUGGAAGCUGUAGCUCAUGGAGUACCGAUCGUUGGAAUACCGCUUUAUGGAAGUAACAGACAUAACCUGAAGAAAGUUGUGGCAAAAGGACUUGGACUGAUGAUCAGUAAAAAAGAGCUGAGAGAAGAUAAAUUGUUGAACACGAUGAAAUCCGUACUUCAAGGAAGCAGGUUCGCCAAAGUGGCAAAAGAGAUGUCCAAAGAUUUCCGAUCACGACCGUCGACACCAUUCGAAACAGCUCUACACUAUAUUGAAGUGGUAGGACGACACCGUAGUUCGGGCUUCUACGGUGCGACACCUGUGAAUCCUCUGCUCACACUCAAUCUUGACUUUCUAGCCAUGAUCCUCCUAGUUACAUACAUUGUUACUUAUUUAUUUAUUCAAUCCUUACUUUCAAUUUGCCACCGAUCGUCGAUACCGUCCAUUGUUAUUACUGCGGAUGGAAACAGUAAAAAACUACGAUCGAAAAAAGAAAAUUAA